AUGGAUGCUAACGAGCAAUUUCCGACCUCUGAACCCUUACAUGCGAAUCGCAUCCCUAUCGCGCAGCUUUCCCCAACGCUUGAGCGCUUCUCCAAGAGCUCGAUCCAUGCAUCCGUUACUCUUUUGUGGCCCUAUUCAUCAUCGACAAAAUCCCUCAGCCUCUUGUUAGCAGAGCCCGACUUUCGCUUGCGUCACUCAAAUGGACAAGUAAAGACAGUUUUCCACGGGCAUAUCGCAGAAAGUGUGGCUAAAUCUCAAAUUGGAAUCGGCGAUAUAGUUUAUUUAAGUCUGGAUGGAGCGAGAUUGUCGGAUAAUGUGACAGCACCUGGAGCCCCUGGAAAAAGCGUGGCAUGGGAUAUACAUUUCGAUGAUCGUGUGUUUCUCGAGAUUUGGCGGUCAUCGAAUCAUUUGUCAACUGUGAAAGUCGACCCUCCUACCCCCUCACCAAACAAUGAUACUACAAAUGCGCCACCGGCUACCCCCAUUUCCAAGGGCUACGAUCGCUCUGAUCAAAACUUCUCGAUUGAUGGGUUGAGCUCAUGGCAGUCUCCGGCUUUUCUAGGGCGAUCGCGCACAUCUUUGGGGGGCCUAGCUGAUUCAGCAUUGGACCCAUUCGCCGAGGAGGAUGGGUUUGUUCCCGGGAAAGGAAGAAAACGCCCUAGGUUCAGUAUGCGCAGCAACGAGUGGCGAGUAAUCGAUGAACCCGAAAGCCCGGGUGAAAGGGGCGAAGUUCCGGACUGGACACAUAUUUUCGAUGAAGAUUGGGAAAGCGAAUCAGAGCAUAGCCCCGAGGACGCUGCCGAAAAAGAGGAGAGGCCAUCGGAUGCGACUAAAAUGACAAACCCUGAAACAGACUCGGAGGGGGUAUCUCUUACUGUUCCAGUCUUAGAGGCUGAUGUUGCCAUGGAAGACGUUUCGCCGGCAUCUUCUACGACAAGUCCGGAACGACAUAUCGCUCAGGCUGCAGACGGGAUAAGGCUUCCUCCACCUGGUGUUUCUGGAAUAGCCGGGUUCUCGCGCAAGAGGGGUGUUCUAAAUUACUCGGCCCAUCUUCCGAUAGAAACUCCUCGUCUACACCCUAUUCCCUCUCCCGGACUCCCUAUUCCUUCGCCGCUCGUUACUAUGUCAAACAGUCCACAGGGCUAUUUUACACCAGUCACAGCCACGCCGCAUUCUCAUACCAGCCAGAUACCCACAACAUUAUCUCAAGAGGUGACAGAUUCAGAGAAUGAAAUACCUGGUGCGCAGCCGGAUACUUCGCAGAGAGCGAAGUGUAAAGGGACACUCAUUACUUCAGAAACAGAGGAUCGCGCAAUUGAUAUUUCCGAAUUCGGAGCAGAGUCAAAUGCUACAAAGAUUACCCUUAAAGCUACAAGCCAGCCACAUACGAUGGCCAAUACUGGGUCAGAAGAGCUAUCACCAGACGAGGACUCAAAAGUAGCAGCUGAACCUGUCAAAGUCGACCAAUUUACCCCACGCAUAUCUAAGAAGGAUACGGGGAGACUUGAUGGACAUCUAGGAGACACUGAUCAAUUGAGAAGCCCAAAGAGAGAAGGAAAAGAGGUUGAGGUCGACGAGAACUUCAUUGACGCUCAAGUAGAAGCUGAAUCCGAAAAAGACAAAGAAGAAACGCAUCAGGGGGAAGAAGUGGUCAAUGAGGACAAGCUUGAAGAUGAUGGCCAACAAAUAAAACGUAUCAAUAGAAGUCUUGUUUCUGGGGAUACUCAGGUAAGCGGUGUAUCCAGGAUGGUUGAAUAUGGUCCUACUGGAAGCGGAGAGGAGGAUACAGAGACACUGGAGACAUUAAGGAGCUAUCAUGGCUUGGCUACUAAAAGCGAGACCAACCCACCAGAAAUGGAUCGUGGGGAUCAAACGGAAGCUGUUCAUGCAGGAGUGAAUGAAUGGGAAAGGGAAGGAAGUGAAGAUGAAUCUGAAGAAGAGCUUGGAGAGGAAGAAGAAUCGGAGGGGGAACAAGCUCAAGAGAUUAGAAAGACAGACAGGGAAGAAUAUGCAGACAACAAGGAAAUAGAAAGGGACGGCUUGGAAGGUGAAUGGGAUGAUGAAGAGGGAUGGUACGAAGAAGAGUUAGAAGAGGAGGAGGAGGAGGAGGAGGAGGAGGAGGAGGAAGAAGAAGAAGAAGAAGAAGAAGCCGAGGAUGUGUACGAGGAUGAAUACGACGAUGGUGCUGAAUCUGAGAUCAUAUCAGAUCAAAUGAGCGUUGAUACGCCCACCCAGCCGCCUGCCACCAAGAAAAUACAUCCGGAGGUCAUCGUACUAGACAGUGACAGUGAAGAUGAAGUUGCGACUGCUUCUCGGGCUUACCCAAUGUCCUCAUCAAGACAAGAAGCCAGCACACAAGAGAUCGAGUCAUCCGAACCUGAAGCAUCUGCUUCCGAAGAGGGUUGCCUAAGGUCCAGAAGUUCGGACAACUCAGAAAGCUCAGAGGAUGAAGAGGGCGAAGAUUGGUCCGACGGAAAUUCGGAAAGUGAGCAGCUGAUGGAUAAGAAUGAAGAGAUGGUGGUGGAUGAGUGUGAGCAAGCGAAUGGUGAACAGCAAGGAGCAGGGCAUGCUAUAUACGAGGUAUCUGACAGCGGAAGGACGAGGGACGAGAAGGUGGAUGAGGAAUACCAAGCGGAAAACAAAGCAAUUGAAGAACCUGAGCUCAAAAGGGGGCAGGUGUCAGUAUCACAGCCCACGGAUAUUGGGGGUGCGAGCCCCGAUGCUCAUGAGCAACCAUCGCCUCAGCAUCAUCAAGAGGAACAUACGAUCAAGACACCAUCUCAAGCUUCCGACUCGGGGAAUCUUGAUCAUCACUCAUUUAUCAUGUCAUUCGUUCAAGAACCUCAUCACGACUCGAGAAAUGCUUCACACGAGCUGGAAACAGUGAUCGAUCCGGAGUUGCAAAACACUGGGCUUGGUAAAGAACAAGUAAAGAAAGAGGCGAAAGAAGGGCCUCAUUCAGAUUCUGUUCAUGCUGAGCCUAGGACUGGGGUUUUCGCAAAGAUAUCUGAGGCGGCCCAAAAUACUGCCCAAAGCUCGUUUCUUGACGGUACUUCAUUUUCACAAGCAUUGCACGAUUCCCAUGAGGCAGUUUCGGAGAGGCCUCCGCAAUUACAGCAUUUGGUACCAAUGGAUACUCAACUGGUAGAACCUGGUCCACCUUCUACGGAUUUCACUACAAUUGAGAUACUUCCCACAUCUGAACAUACACAGGGAAGUAUGACUGCGCAAGUCCAAGGCCAAAUGCCACCUGCCAUUCAAACUACAACAUCUGCGCCAGCGGAACGACAUCUCAAUCUCGCGGAAGAUGUUGAAAACGAAGCACGUCUCGUCUCUACCCCGCAGGAGGGACAGGAUGAACUCGAAGACUUUUCCGGGAAUGGGGAUGUGGGAACACCAGCAUCUUUCAGUGGAGACCAUGGCCAAGAAGAUGACCUUUAUUCAGAUGAUGAAUACGUUGGAGAUCCAGAUGAGGUCCAUCUCAUUGGAGUAGACCGCCAUUAUCCCGGCCUGCACAGCAGGCUUUCCUAUUUUGCUCCGUUAGCAACGCUUGUCGACCACUAUAAUGCAUUGGUAGAUACCAUCUCCGUUGUGUCGGAAGUCCAGCCCGUGUUUCGGGCUGCAUCAGGAAAGAAGGAUUUUAUCCUAACCCUUCAACUUACUGAUCAAUCUAUGGCUGGAACCACGCUCUAUGCCCAAAUUUCCCGGCCUUCCAAAGCAGCACUUCCCUUAGUGGAAGAGGGGAACGUUGUCUUGUUACGCAACUUCAGAGUCAAGAGAUUCAGCCGCUCGAUAAUACUUGCCAGCGUUGAUACUAGUGCUUGGGCUGUUCUCAAGGGCUUGGAUGAUAAAGCACUGGCUCAUGAUCCUCCAGUUGAAUACGGGAGCGAAGAGCAGGCCUGUGCCACUGAUCUGCGCCAAUGGUACCAAGAAGCUGGCAUGGCCAUGGUGGCAGAUAAUCAACUACAAGCCUCUAUUAACAGGGAAAGUAGAGAAGGGACACCCACUAGCAGCGCUGCACUUAGCGAUUCAGGGAGCAUCGACUCGACACCGCGCGACAUGCGCGGUGAAUCAUCUUUCUCGAGCCGGGGUUCACGGCGGGGCAAAAGGUCUCAUCGGAGAAUAACCAUCCAUGAGUUAAGGGAUGGAAGGAGAUACACUGAGGUUGGCUCGCCGUCUGGAAAAGAGAGUAUACAUGAACUGCGAGACGGAACCGUCUAUGCCAAUUUGUGA